GGCAGCGGCAGGAUCAUUUAUUAUUAUCAAAUCGCGAGGAGCCCUAAUUUCGUCAUCAGCAUUAUCAUUAUCCUCAUCAUCGAUUGGGGGCUAAUUGGUUUCUCUCUCCGCUCCUCAGCUCUCGCGAUUCCGGCGCUCUGAUUGAUGCUCUUAACGGAAAUGGAUUUCGAUUUGGGCGCGAAAUGUGAGGUUUUGCUUUGAGGUAGGUACUGUGAUUUUUGUUGCAUUUGCAUUGAUUUUGAUGACUGUGGGUAAUUUGUUCCUUCUAUUUGGGCUGAAUUAGUUUGAGCUGAAAAAGAUAUUCAAGAAGAGGAAAAUCUUGAAUUUUGAAUAUAAUUUCUGGAUGUUCGAGGAUUUGGAUACUAUUGGCUUCUUAGAUCACCAUCUUGAGGGGGAAAAAAUGAAUUUUUAUGAUAAUUUAAGGACUCGCGUCUCGUAAACUUAGGAUUUAUAAUUAUUAACAGGCUCUUAAUCUGUUAUUCUGUUGCCCCGCCCUAAUGAUUAGAGAGUGGAAGUUCUAAUCUUAAAUGAUUUCCUAAAUUUUUAAUUUUAAUUUUUUUUAGUGAAACGGCUCUUCAAAUUUGCAUGAGAUCCAAAAAUGGAUUGGGCAUCAGUAUUUUGUAUUGUGCAGGUAAUAUAUAUUAUUUUACUUGCUAAUACUCCGUACACAUGUUGGAAACUCUUCGGGGUCAUUCUGUGAUGUUAGCAUUAAAAUAAAAUCAGAGGCUGUAUACAUAGGAAAUACAAGUAAUCCACAAAAUCCGGUGCAUUUUGCGUUGCCGCGAGUAUACAUAUUUGCAAGUGUACUUUUAGAUGGCUGCUGCUGGCAAUAUUUGCAUGGAUGUCCCUGAAUCCCAAACUUCAGAUGGUGAGCAGUCAGCUGAUAGAAGUGAACUCAGAGAUGUCCCCCUCAGUAAGUCUUCUUCGGUAUCCGGUGUUAAAGCAAUUGUAUCUUCUUCAAGUGGUGUACAUGAGCUUCUUGAAUGUCCAGUAUGCACGAAUUCAAUGUAUCCUCCCAUACAUCAGUGCCCAAAUGGCCAUACUCUUUGUUCAAGCUGCAAGCUUAGAGUCCAUAAUCAUUGCCCUACUUGCCGACAUGAGUUAGGUGAUAUCAGAUGCUUAGCUCUUGAGAAAGUUGCUGAGUCACUUGAGCUCCCCUGUAGAUAUCAGAACCUUGGAUGUCCUGGAAUAUUUCCAUACUAUGGAAAACUGAAGCACGAGCAACUGUGCCAGCUCAGACCUUAUAAUUGUCCCUAUGCAGGAUCUGAGUGCCUCGUCACUGGUGACAUUCCAACACUUGUAACUCACCUGAAAAAUGACCAUAAGGUGGAUAUGCAUGAUGGGUGCACAUUUAACCAUCGGUAUGUCAAAUCCAAUCCGCACGAAGUUGAGAACGCCACAUGGAUGCUCACUGUAAGUCAUUUCUUUAUUUGGUUAUUAUUGGUUACUUCCAAGCUGUGAGCAUGCAAUAGAAAUAUUAUGGGCCUAUCUUUUGGAUAGGGUCUACAUUGCAAACUCAUAGUGUUAUUGGUGAUUUCCAUGACACAUUCAUUGAUACUGAUACGAGGAGCAUCAAAAUGCUAUUUGCAAUUUUGUGAACCUUUAAUUUCCCUUUAACAUUUUUGUUUUUAAAUUUCUAGGUUACUAUAUGAACCUUCUACAACUGAAACAUUUUCCGGUUGCAGGUUAUUUUAUGUAUGACCCUUUCAUUACAGAUACAUUUUUAAUCCUUGUUUGGCUUGGAUAGUUAGGUUCGUAAUUGUUCAUUUUAACACUGAAGUGAGGUGCGAACUUUGUAUCCCAUCAAGAGUUUGAUUAAUUUCAUCAAAGAUGUGGAGUUGUACUUUAGGAUUUUCUCAAAGUCGGAUGAUAU